AUGCAAGUCUCCACUUGGAGGAACUGUCUCGUUGCGUUGUUCGCGGUGGCGGCAAGUUUUUCGAACACGGCAACGGCUUUCAGUUGCAACCGAUUUUCUGGGCAAAGUCGAAAGUUUGCACCCGCAUCGAUCAGCCUACAUGGAAGCCCGCUCAACCAUGGUGAUGAUUUCGCUGGCUACGAAGAGGAACAGUUUGAUGUGGAGCCAGGACAGAAGCUCGCCUCAGAUUUCUACGGCGAGCUGGAGCUCAGGAACAAAUUGGAUUCCUUGACGUCGGCAGCGGCGGUAGAAGAUGGAGCGACUAAUGUCAACUUACGCGAUGAUACCGGAGGAAGCCGGGCUGCGACCUUGCAGUUUUCCAACAAAACGAGGCUUACAUCUGCUGCUAUGAUUG